AUGAACAGAAACCCACGAAAAGCUUUUCUGAGGAAGCCACACAUUUCUCUUGAUGAAUGGGACAAGAAGGAGAAGGUUAACCCGGCAGACUUUACAAUCGAGAACAUUAGCAAUGAGGAAAUAGGGCGACUUCCUGGCACAAUAAACGGACAGCAGUUUAUCAUUCAGAACUGCCAGUCUUCAAAAAUCUAUCUUUUUGACUUCAUCAACACCAUUACUGUAGAUGACUGCACGGACUGCGUCAUAUUCAUCGGGCCAACAACUGGAAGUGUGUUCCUGAGAGACUGCCAGGACUGUGUCGUGAUGGCUGCAUGUGGACAGUUCAGGACCAGAGAUUGCUGCAAGAUGGAUAUUUUCCUUCUCUGUCAGACACAGCCUAUCAUCGAAGCCUCAGCCAAGAUGAGAUUUGGCUGCUUCCAAGCUUUCUACCCACAACUUAAAGAUCACUUCAAGGGCGCUGGACUGAGCAUCUUUAACAACAACUGGUCCAACAUACACGAUUUCACACCUGUUGAAGGAGAGACCAACUGGUCCUGUUCAUCCCAGUCAGAUGCCCUGGAACAAGCCUUCAAGCUGCCUGAAACAGAGGAGCUAAAGAGUGUUGAACUGAUGCUGGGAACUGAGAUGAGUGUUGUGCCGUUCACUCUUGGCUCACCGAUGUAUGGGGGACAGGAAGCCACACUUGUUAUUUUCUUCUUUAAUGAAACCUACCAGCAAAGAGCUAUGGACUUCAUUAACUCUCUGAAGUCAAAGAUUCAAAGUUGCAGGAUCCAGCAUAGCCGUGAAGUGAAAAUGGAGAUUUCUGAUGCCCAGAGAGUGUUCCAGACGUCUCAGUACAAGAGUGCAAUUAGCCAGGGACCCAUCAUUGCACUUCUGUGUCUCGGCAGUGGGAUAUCAGAAGCAUGUAGCAAGAUUGGGCAGGAAUUAAAUGCAGACGCACAGGACCAGGUGGUGUAUGUAACUUCAGACAGCAACACCAGCAAUCAGCAGAUCGAUGCUUUCUUUUCCUAUGCUUCAAUGACCCUUUCCAUGUAAGGCUUACAACCAGGAACUCGUGCAAUAACUCUGAGAUCUGGGAGCUAUGCGUAACCCACACGUUGGUGAUAUCUCCCAUGGAGUGUCUUCAAAUUACAAAUCUGAGUAUGGGAUCAUAACAUUCCAGUUACAUUCCUUAUAAAUUAUUUAAUUAAA